AGGGCGAAAGAACAAUGACCCUAUCAGAACACCGUAUUAGAGUCAUUUACAUGUUAUAUAUAGUAUGGAUUGUAACAACUGAUAAAUAAGUUUGUUAUCUUUUGUAUGAAGGAUAUAGGUCUAAUAUGCUAUAAACUAAUAUCUGUACGAAGUAGCAUAAACACUCGGUAAGGCAGUCUAGGUUUGCCGUCAUUGGAAUAUCAAUAACUUAAAUUACACAGCAAACAUAUUGUUAAAUUACACAGCAAACAUAUUGUUAAAAUAUAUACCUGUGCAUAAUAAAUGACGGAAGUAUAAAAUCUAAGGAAUUUUAAAUUUUGAUAAUGGAAACAUCGGACGAGCUAGAGAAAAUAAAAGAGCUGGAAAAUCGCCUGGACGGCUGGGAAACUGAGGAGGACGAUGCAGGGUUUAAGUCACAGCAGACAUACCGUCGAUACUUGGAGGCGCGUGACUGGAACGUGGAAGCAGCCGAGAAGAUACUGAAGGCAACCAUUGACUGGAGGCGGGAAACUAAGCCACAACAUGUCGUCUGCACUUACUGUCAUGCAAAACCAGGCUACCAUGCAAUGCGCCAUGUUGGUUUCGAUCGCCACGACAGGCCUGUGUUGUACUCGAAUUUUGCUCAAUGCCAUACGCAGCAUAAUGUGGUCGAGGACGCCAUCCAACAUAUGAUAUAUCUAACAGAAAACGCAACACGUGCAAUGCCUGCGCAUGUGUACCAGUUUGUGUGGGUCAUGGACUUUACCGGUAUGAAGGUCACAUCGUGCAAUCCGCGUCUUGCACGUGCUGUAGAACAGAUCACGUCCAACCACUACCCAGAACGCCUCGGCGCAUGCGUAUGUGUCAACCAUGGACCUUUGUUUCACGCCUUCUGGAAAGCCGUUAAACAUUUUAUACCACCAACCACAGUUAGGAAAGUACAUAUGGAGAGACACCAUGAAAAAAUAGAAGUUCUUUUCAGCGAGUUAUUUCCAGAUGAACUGAAACACUGGCUUUACGAGGAAAUACGAUUGAACAAACUUCAUCCGCUGCCGAAACAACAGAAAGAGUUCUGGACCACAACUCAUACAGGUCAUGACACGAGAGGUUGCAAAAGUUACGUAGAAAAGUACUUGAACAACUUGCAAUUAGAUGAACAUAAAUCAAAGUGCAAUACCUACCUACCACACCCUAACAUACUCGACGAUAUUAUAGAAAUGAAGAAACAGUGAAAAUACAGUUCGAUUGUGCAAAGCUUUUGAAUUACUUUUUUAAAAUGAAUUCUUAAACUCAUUUUUAGUGGUUAAUGUACAAACAAAAAUUAAGGUAUCACUAUCAUGACUAAAAGGGUCAUGUAAAAGGCAAGACCAUAUAUCAUGUAACUGAAAAAUUUGAACUUCGACCUUGAAAAUAAGUAUUUGCAUUGAUCAAAUGUAUUUAGAAGAACAUAUGGACAGAAACCAAUUUCUUAUUACAAUAAAUACCAUAGAUGCUGGAGGAUAAAAACAGAUGCAGUGAUAAACUUCAUUCAACUUCUAAUGUAAAAAUAUGAGUGAACUAUAAAAAGGUGGAAAACAGCAUUAAUUUGGAGAUAUAUACCUCUCUUCGAUGUAAAAUUAGUCAUGGAAGAAUUUGUAAGUUAAAAUGGAAAUGAUCUACAGCAUCAAGUAACUGUUUAUGAUGCUUGUUGUAUGCCAUUUUGGUAGCUCAAAAUAAUGUUACUAGUCAGUACACAAAAUGUCAUAUCUUUUCUAUUAUUUUUUUCUAGUAUGCACAUGGCGAACUGAAAAAUUGACCUUCAUGUAUAAUACUCUUAACAGUUAAAAACUACUGCUGCCAAUUAAAAUACCAAGAUAUUAAGUACAACUGCAGUAACCAGUGGAGAUAAAUUUUGCUACAAGUAUGUCAUGACAGCCCUAGAUUGCUCACCUGAGUUUCACUGUUUGAACGGCUUUGGUACAAGAUUUCAAUGUUUUACAUAUAUUAUAGCAAUAUACAGAACACUAACCCUGCUUCCUGGCAGCUAUGAACAGAAUGGUUUGAUACACUCACUUAAGAAACAUUUAUGUGAAAUAAUUUGACAAUCAGGCCAGUGGUUUGACAAAUGUUUUAAACUCUUACAUUAAGCCAAACAAGGAAAUACUAGCCCUGUCCAAAGAGUUUGGUAGAGGGUGACCCAAGGAACAUUUCUGUGAAAUUAUUUCAAAAUCAAGCCAGCAGUUUCUGGCCAGAUUUUUUAAGUUUUUUUUUUCUUUUGGUUGCCAUGGCUACCAGAAUUCUGCAUGGAUAACUUAGAUUUGACAAAAUCUGAAAAGGGACCACCCAAAGAACUUCCCUCUGAAGUUUGGUUGAAACAAGCAUAGGGCUUUAGGGAGACAUUUUCUAAAGACAUUAAGGAAAACAGACAACAGAUGUUCAACAAUCCUAAAAGCUAACCACCAGACUUAGUGCUCUGAUAAGCUAAACAGUUAUUAACCACUAAAAUAUUUUAUACAUUUCAGGUCACAGUCCUCAUUACUACACCCAUUAACAGUAUCAGGGUUACAGAAUGACCUAAAAAAAUACCAAUAGUGUUAAUUAAUAUAUUUUCUGUAUGUUGAAAUGGUAUAAACUACUAGAACAAAUUGUUCUUUUAUAAAUUCAUUGCAAAGCCAGAUUGGCAUACUUUCCAAAUUUUCCCUCAGGCAUACUUAGACCUAUAUCCUACAAGACACAUACUUUUAAAUAUCUCUAGGAUACAGAUGCCCCCCCCGCCCCCAUCUGUCACUGAUCAUGGUUUCAAGACUGUAUUAUUACGACAAAUGCAACAAAUUUUUUUAAGCAAGGGCCAUAACCCUAGUCUAGCCGAGUGAAAUCCCAGAGAACACCUGCACAGCUUCACAUGCUAUAUAACAAUCCUGUAAUAUUUUAUGAUUGGUCAAUUACAUUUUGAGAUACAUGGGACACAAACAUUUAUGUCCUUAAUUCAUAUAUUUGACUAAGGCACGGGCCACAACUCUGGUCUUGCACAGUGAAAUCUAUAAAAGACUCAGGUGUACAAAUUCAAUAAUUUUCCUACAUGGUUUCAUUAUUAGGUGAAAUAUUUUCUAAGAUAUAUACAACACAGUUUUAAGGACUUUAUGUGUAUUUUUCACUAAGUCAAGGAGCUUAAAUCUGGUCUGGCUGAAUGAAAUUUCUAACAAAACCCAACAUGCAUAACUUCGUAUGCUGAAUAACAUUCCUGUAAUUUUUCCGACAUAAUCCUAUAUAAAGUUCUUUUUGAGAUACAUGCAACACAAACUUUUCAACCCUUUUUAUGCAUAGUUUUGACUAGGUCAAGGGCCAUAACUCAGGUCUGGCUAUGUGAGAUAAAAAAUAACACUUGAUGCAAAACUUCUCAUACUGAAUAAUAUUCCUGUGUGGUUUGAUGACAAUCGGUUAAAUAAAUUUUGAGAUAUGCACAACACAAAAUUCGGACGGACGGACAGACAGGGCAACUCUUAAGUGCUCUCCUAAUUUUUGGGGGCACAAAAAUGGGGAAGUAAGGAGAAACAAAACUGUUUAUUACAUGUAAAAAAUUUAGCUUUUUUCUCAAACUUGUCCAAAAAUGACAAAAUUAGUGUAAACUUAUUGAGGACUUUUCUUUUAACAACACUAAGGAAGUGCAUUUUAGAUUGAUAUCUUGUAUAUAAAAAACAAUAUUACUUCAUAAAUAGUUUACAUCUAAAUUUUAUUCAUCAAAUAAGUAAAUACAUCACAAUUAACAGACUGUUAUCAGACAGAUGAGUAUCUGUAACAGAAGUAGCACUUCUCUCUAAUUGGUCAAACAUACAUUUAAUACGUUAUGAUUGUUCAAAAAUACAUCAUACAAAAUGCAUGUUUCCAUAAGUAACACAAAAGAAUCUGACACUUAAAAUUAAAAAAAGAAGAAAGUAGUAGUUACAUUUGAAUAGGGUAUGCCACCAAGAUGAGGGGAAAGUAAUUAGCUUUAAUUAGCAUGAUGUAAAGUUCGGACAGAUUCCCUCCGAUUCUAUAACUUGAUAGACUAACUCUUUUGAGAGUGUGUCGGUGUAUUUCAAAGACAACACAUAUUUUUUAACAUAAAUACUGUCUGGAGGAGUGUCAUUCUUCUGAGGCAAUAUCAACAUAAUCCAACAUGAAAAUAUCUUACCAAAACUAUACUAGCACUUUGAUUCCAAGUAUUCUAAACUUAGCUCUAAUGAGACUAAACUUUGGCCAUGCUAAGUUUGAAAAAUCUGCAUGUGUGUCCUUCAGAUCAAAUAAAUAUGUGAAGAAAAAUGCAAGAAUGAAACAUGUGGAUGAUGAAAAGACAUUGACAUGAAGAUUACAAAUUCUCCGUUUAGACCAGUCGCAGAGAGAUUUUAUAACUGUUUCACAACUGUAUUUUGUUUAAAGUUUUGCUUUAAUCGAGCUGUUGUAUCAUGAACUUCAGUUGUGUGAUGAACAUAAGAAAAGAUGAAUGAAUACUG